AUGACAUCAGUGCAAAGAAGAGAAGUUUUAAAAAACUGCUGGUCCCCACCUGCCUGUGAUGACUUUGCCAAGGAUGCUGUUCAGUUGAAGAGGAAAUUUAAAUUCAGCUGGCUAUCUGAAUAUGCUCCUUGGCUUGCAUACUCCAAAAAGUUAAAGGGCGCCUUGUGCAUUUAUUGCGUACUAUUUCCUCCUACUAAUGUGCAAGGUGUCCUAGGCUCGUUUAUAGUGCGGCCGUUUACCCGCUAUAAAGAUAUGCACGAGUUUGCCGAAUCGCAUACAUCAUCUCAAUGGCAUAAAUCGGCGGCUACAGCUGCAAAACCUUUCGAUGAGAACUUACCAGUUGAUGUGCAGCUGAUCUCCGCUCAUAAAAGUGUAAUAGAGGCGAAUAAGAAGAUUUUAGCAUCAAUAGUUUCAACCGUCAUUUUUUGUGGGACACAUGAUUUGACUUUAAGGGGCAAAGAACUGCACGAGGGUGUUUUCGAAGACCUAAUUAAACUUAAAAUCGAGGCUGGUGCCCAAAAUUUAAAAACACACCUUGAGAAGGGCGCAAAAAAUGCCGCCUACCUGUCACCACAAAUUCAGAAUGAAAUUAUUGACCUUUGUGGUGAGGUCAUAAGAGAGGAUAUCAUUGUGGAUAUUAAGAAGGCAUGCGCAUACAGUAUACUAGCCGAUGAAAGCAGCGAUAUUUCCGGAAAAGAACAACUCUCUAUUGGCACGAGGUUUUUUGAUGAAGAACAUAUGAUGAUCCGAGAAGAAUUUCUGGGGUUCGUGGAACUAAGUGCCAUGGACGCUAUUUCUAUAGCCUCAGCCAUUGAUAGUUUCCUAGCCAACGCAGGCCUUGACCCUAAAAAGCGCGUCGGACAAGGGUACGAUGGGUGUUCCACCAUAGCUGGAAAGGACGGCGGUGUACAAAACAUUCUUCGGGAAAAGUACAAGCACGGGCUGUAUUUUCAUUGUGCUAGCCACAAACUUAAUUUAGUGGUGAACGAUUUAAACCAGUUAGCAGUGAUUCGAAAUACAGUGGCCAAUAAACAAUAA